CUGUUCCCAGUGACUCCGGGGGUACCGGCGCUCCUCCCUCGGCGGGCGGGGCGCAGGCGCGGCCGCGGGAGGCGGCGGGAGAGGACCGGGAGCGGGAGCGGGGCCAUGGCCGAGGAGGAGGCCGCGGGUGCGGCCGCUGCCGCUCAGGGGAGCGAAGCCGGGAAUGGCGGCGGCGGCUACGACGGGAAGUGCGUGUUCUGCAGGAUCGCCCGCCGGGAGGAGCCGGGCACGGCGCUGCUCCCCUGCGAGUAUGAAGACCUUGUUUGCUUUAGGGAUAGGAAACCUGGUGCCCCCCACCACUACCUGGUGGUGCCUGUGAAGCACAUGGGAAACUGCAAAACAUUGAAGGCAGAGCACAUACCUCUAGUGAAGAGAAUGAUGGAAGUUGGAAAAUCUGUUCUCCAGAAAAAUAAUUUUAGUGACUUGAAUGAUGUAAGAAUGGGUUUUCACUGGCCUCCAUUCUGCUCAAUAUCCCACUUGCAUCUUCAUGUCCUGGCCCCAGCCAGUCAGCUAGGAUUCUUAUCCAGGCUGUAUUACAGAAUCAAUUCCUACUGGUUUAUAACGGCCGAACAGCUGAUUGAGAGACUGCAAAGUGAAAAUGCUGCCAGCUGAAAACUCGUGUCAUUAGCCAGCUUGUCUUUGAGCUCUGAUUUAAGGUUGCAGAGUUUGAUGUUGCCAAUAAUAUUCCAGGAUAAAAAAAGCUUUAGUUCCUUAUGAGGAAAGGCACAAAGGUUUUGUAACUGCCAACCUUAUUCUCCUUUGGAUACUUCAGUCUGUAUACUUCCCUCGCAAUAGCUCAGUGUAUUUUAAUUUUAUAUUUGUGUAUAUACAUGCAUAAUAUACGCACACACACUUGCACACAGGCAAAGAACUUUUCCUAAUGAAAGGCAGGGUAUAGUCACGGAAUGUACUGCAGCUAAGGCAACAAGUUACAACUAACAGCAUGUACAUGGUGCCAGAGGGAGUAUUUCUUGCGGAAUCAAGCUUUUAUUUUCGGGAUGCAUUGUUCUGGAAUUGCAGGUAACAUUAAGACAUUUAAGUUUCCAUCUACAUUUGUAUGAUAUGGGAGUUAUGCCUAGUUAUUAGUAGGUGCAUUGCUGAAAGUGCAUUACUUUCUGGUGCUAAAACACUUCAACGUUACCUGACUUGUUUGCAUCACGAUGACAUAGUAAAUGUCAAUACAAUAUGUGCCCAAGAUGUGAUAAUGCCGUAUAACAUUGAAUAUAGUUUGUGUGUAAGUGGUUGUAUGUUGGACUUAAACGGGUUUUUUUCCCUCUAAUAUGCACAAUGUUUGAAAGUAGUUAUCGUAUGUUUACAAAAAAAGCGAAGAGUUCAGAGGAAUGGAUUUAAUACAUUGCUCUUCUGCAUGGCAGUAGAUACAAAAAUCCAAAUUUUCUGAUAUUGUUCUCACUGGAAGUUCCUUGGAGAUUACUAAUGCCUUGGCUGAAUUUGGAUUCUAAGUGAAGUCAUAACAGAAACAGGUCUUUAGUGCAGUAAGUGUGUGGCAGGCUUACAUAAGAGCAAUGUGAUUUGAAUUUGGGAUAGCAGUGACUCAGCCCAAAACUGGAAAACUCAAUUGUUGAGUUGCUUAAGGAACCUGCUGAACAUUUGCCAUUGCUGUAUGACUCUAAUUGGGAAUGCCAGCACUUUGUUUUUCAAUACCAUAAUAAGGCAGACUGUUUGGAAAGUUAAAACUCUAGAAAACAUGGAGUGGAUUUUCUUUGUUCACAGAGCGUGUCUUGGUAUCAAACUAACCAAGUGCCCUUACCUGAUGCAUUUAGAUGCAGCUGAGGUGAUGAUGUCUGUUCCACCUGCAAGCUUCCCUGAAUAUAAUAUUCUGUGUUUUCCACGUAUCCAGCACCUGUUGCCUUGGUGAUAUGAUGUAUUGUAAUAUUCUUACAGUACUUAAGGGAGUUCCCAGCAGUCUGAAGAACAGCAUUUUCUACCUGGAAGAGUUUACACCUCUCUGUUUGUAAGAUCUUCUUCCUAAUGUCUUGUUAUUCUUAUUAGUGGGCACUUACAUCUAAUUUGCAGCCCUUUAGGGUUUUAGUUUCUAACAUUUGGUAGGAAAAGUGUGACUUAAAGACACUGAACUUUACUUCUGUGCAAUAGAUGAGGAAGUUUGAGCUGGCUUCUAGCUUUGGGAAAUACCCAAACAUUAAGGUCUUUCAAGAGUUAAUACUGUGCAUGUGUUCUGAUUUGUAAUUAAUUUAUGUAACUGUACUUAACUGUGACAUGUAAUAUUUAAAGUACCAACAUGAACUGUUGUCAAAAAGGAUUAAUAAACAGAAUAAAUGCUAA